GAACUUCCGCAUAAAGCAGGAAGAGUCACACAACCAGAUGCAACCACUACUUUUACACACCCAGAUCUUCUCAGUCUCUGUGCGUGUACCCCGCGCGUUAUCUUAAAUCGCUGUUAUUUGGAUCUAAUUUUAUCUAAUGACGCCAUAUUGAAGUUCUAAAGGAUUUGACGGUACAAUUCCAGAAAAGAUGGACGACAUAGAUGCCAUGUUCAGUGACCUGCUGGGGGAGAUGGACCUCCUCACACAGAGUCUUGGUGAAAGUACAGAACCCCUGCCUCCGCCACUCCCCAGCGCUCAAAAGGAAGUCAACUUCUCCAUCGGCUUCACUGACCUCAAUGAAUCGCUCAACGAACUGGAGGACAAUGACCUUGAUGCCCUCAUGAAUGACCUGAUGGCGGACCUCAACGCAUCUGAGGAGAAGCUAGCAGCGGAGAUCGAAGGUCUGAAGCCAGCACCCACGCCGGGUCCACCACAAUCUGCGCAACUGGCACCCAAAGGCCCAGGCCCAGAGCUCCUCCCUCCCACACCCUCUUUGCCCUCACCCGCCUCACCACAGAGCGGACGCAGCAGCACCGUGACAUCCCCUGCUUCAUCGACCAACUCGCCACUACCUCCUCCACAGGCCUCCAAACCUACCAUGGAAGAAAUUGAGGCCCAGAUGAAGGCUGACAAGAUCAAGCUAGCUCUGGAGAAGCUAAAAGAAGCUAAAGUGAAGAAGCUGGUGGUGAAAGUCUUGCUGAAUGACGGCAGCUCUAAAACCCUAAUGGUGGAUGAGAGGCAGAUCGUUCGGGAGGUCCUGGAGAACAUGUUUGAGAAGACCCACUGUGACUGUAAUGUGGACUGGAGCCUGUGUGAGACCAACCAUGAACUACAGCUAGAGCGUCUGUUUGAGGACCAUGAGAACAUGGUGGAGCCGCUGUUAGCCUGGACCAGAGACAGCGAGAACCAGGUCCUUUUCAAAGAGAUGCCUGAGAAAUACGAGGUGUUCAAAAACCCGCAGAACUUCUAUCUCUGGAAGAAGGACAGGAAAACCCUCAAAGACAUGAAAGACAAGGACAAGGAGAUUCUGAUAAAGGAGAACUUCUGUGGCACCUCCAUCAUUGUCCCAGAUCUGGAGGGGGUUCUGCACCUCAAAGAAGAUGGAAAGAAGUCUUGGAAACAGCGCCUUUUCCAGCUCCGGGCCUCGGGAAUUUACUAUGUGCCUAAAGGGAAAACCAAGUCCUCUCGUGACCUGGUGUGCUUCGUGCAAUUUGACAACGUAAAUGUCUACUACGGGCAGGACUUUAAGACCAAGUACAAGGCCCCCACGGACUUCUGCUUUGUUCUCAAGCAUCCCCAGAUUCAGAAGGAGUCCCAGUACAUCAAGUAUUUGUGUUGUGAUGACGCAAGAACAAUGAAGCUGUGGGUAACUGGAAUACGUAUUGCAAAGUAUGGCGCAGCUCUGUAUGAAAACUUCAAAGCCUCUGAGAAGAAAGCUGCUGUCAGUGCCAUGUUCUCUAACCGCAGCAGUCCAUCAAGUUCCAGCCAGUCCACCCCAUCUCCAACUAUUAAAGCCAAGUCUUCAGGCCAGGCCAAUGGACAUGCUCCACAACCCUCAGUAGGGACUAUUAUGCAGGACCUUGGAGAUUUCCCACCACCACCACCCCCUCCUUCCCUAUCCUCUGGUCACACCGUCCCUCACCCUCCGCCCGCCUCUGGAUCUUCUUCUCCUCCACCUCCUCCUCCACAGUCCGCCAAGAAGAAUUCCAUCAAACUACCACCCAAGCACCAUCAAUCCUCAUCCCGGUUCCCCCCAUCUCCUCACUCCCAGGACCCCCUACCUCCACCACCACCUCCACCUCCCAACGAGGACUGUUCAGAUGCCCCGCCUGACUUCCUGCCACCCCCUCCGCCACCUGCCAGUUUCCCCCCACCCCCUCCAUCAGUUGCCUCUUUUCCUCCACCUCCUCCACUGAGCUCCAUGCCCCUCCCUCCUCCUCCAGCUUUUGACCUGCCUCCUCCACCACCGGACCCCUGCUUCUUACCUCCUCCGCCUCAGCAGGCCUUCACUGGGGCAGGGGCACCACCUCCGCCCCCUCCACCACCACCCGCUGCAGCUCCACCACCGGGAGUUGGUCCAAAACUGGCGGUUCGCUCUGGUUCUCUGAAGAAGGGUCCACCUGCUCCGCCCAAGAGGACAACGCCACCUCUCCAUGGGGCUGGUGGAGGAGGAGGAGGAGGAGAUGGGGACUUAAUGUCAGAACUGAUGUUAGCCAUGAGGAAAAAACGCGGCAACGUUUAGCCUAGGAAUCUAGAUAAUAAAUACUAGGAGGAACUAUGGCCAUGUAAAGGACCUUUUGGAUUAUUCAGGUGAUGUCACUGUGUAGGCCAAAACUUUGGAAUAAUGUACAGAGAUGUGAAUAUUGAGGAUUCAAAAACUGUGCUCAAGUCAAAGUACUGUUAAAAUUAUUUCUCAAACAGAAGCCACAGCCAAAUGUGUGCUAUAAGCGGCAAUAAAACAGUCUUGGUGAACAAAUGAAUCUAAUUGGUGAUUAAAAAAAACUGAAAUGUGUUUUAGUAUUGAUGUGAUCAUGUACUUAUUGUCUCAUUGCUGAACGCUGUUUUAACCACCUAUUCUAAAAGUUACCCAAGUAAAACUGAAAAAUGAAAUUACAACCGCCUCUGACUAUGUAAGAGACCAAACAUAGUAUGUGUACAAAUACAAUUCAGUUUCAUGUAUUAAAAAGGUCAUGAGGUACUGUUAUAUUUUUAUAGUAUGUCAAGAGUUUUAUUGCUGGCACAUAAGGGUUUUAAAUGUGUAUGAGUAAAUAAUGUGUAGUAAUGUGUUUAAUAUUUAAUAAAAGCAAAAAGCAAA